AACUCUGGCUGCAAUUCAGAAAAGAAAGAAAAGCAAAGUCUGGCUGGCACAAAUAAUCAUUAAUAAUUAACAAUGAAACAGGAUAAAAUGAAAGAGACCUGCAAAUGAUCCCAUAAUCUUUACAAUCUAAGCAUCUGGCACUUCUUCUCUUUACUGGUCGUGGACGGUAUCAACUUCUUUGCAAUAUUUUCUUUUCCAUAGGGGCAUUCUUCAACCAUUUAAAUCAUGAGCUUUGGCUAUUGUGAAGAAGAUGACAUGCAUAAAGCUGCUGACAUUGGAGGCCCAUACCCCGUUAAAAGUUCAGAAGAUGAUGCAUCAGAAACAGCAGAUACGGGAGGUCAGGCUAUUGAAAUCCAGCCUAUUGAAGUCCCUUCCAUUUCAGUGGAUGAAUUGAAGGAAGUUACUGAUAACUUUGGGACAAAAUCUCUUAUUGGAAAGGGUUCAUAUGGAAGGGAAUAUUAUGGGAUUCUUAAAAGUGGACAGGCUGCAGUUAUUAAGAAAUUAGAUACAAGCGAACAGCCCGAGGAUAAGUUCUUGGCACAGGUUUCCUUGAUAUCACAGCUUAAGCAUGAGAAUCUUGUACAAUUGCUUGGUUAUUGUGUUGAUGAAAAUGCGCGUAUACUUGCCUAUGAACUUGCGUCCAAUGGUUCUCUUCAUGAUAUUCUUCAUGGGAGGAAAGGUGUUAAAGGAGCACAAUCUGAUCCUGGCCUUUCAUGGCAGCAGCGAGUAAAAAUUGCUGUUGGCGCUGCAAAAGGCCUUGAAUACUUGCAUGAAAAGGCUGAUCCUCGCAUUAUUCAUCAUGAUAUUAAGUCCAGCAAUAUUCUGAUUUUUGACGAUGAUGUUGCAAAGAUUUCAGAUCUUGAUUUAUUAAAUCAAGCUCUGGAUAUGGAAGAACGUCUUCAGGCCAUUGAUGAAGGAACGUUUGAUUAUGAAUAUGCAAUGACUAGCCAGUCGAAUGCAAAGGGUGAUGUGUAUGGUUUUGGGGUUGUCCUACUUGAGCUUCUGACUGGACAGGAACCAGUUGACCAUACAUUAACUCAGGAGCAGCAGAAUCUUGUGACAUGGGCUACAGAAGAAAGUAGUGAGGACAAGUUUAGGCAAUAUGUUGAUACAAGACUUCAAGGGGAUUACCCACUUAGGGCAGUCACAAAGAUGGCGGCUGUUGCUGGCUUGUGUGUGCAAGAUGAAGCGGACUUCAGGCCAAAUAUGAGGAUUGUGGUUAAAGCCCUUGAGCACCUCUUAAAUUUCAAACCAGAAGCAGCUGGUGAAACACCAAGCAUAUAAUUCUAUCUCUCUAUCUUUCUCUGUGUAUCCAGGUGCAUAUUAAAGUCUGCAUCCGCGGAUAUGCAAGUAUGCUGAGAGACUGCCAAAGAAUAAGUUACAGAAAAUGUUAGUAAAUUAUUUGGACAGCGCCCUAUGCUUCCAUUAUUUCCUGUGUGUUCAUAAUGUGUGAGGUUGUUUCUUGUGUCAUGUUUUCCUUGAAGUUGUUCCUCUUUACCUGAAAAAAUAUCUGGUCCAUUAUCUCCCUUAGCUGUGAAUCAUCCUUAUCCAUCAUGUUCAUUCAACGAUAUUUGUUUAAUAAACUUGGAUGCAUUUCUAUAUUGGAAA